AUGGCGGUUGGCUCUGGCUCGAUGGAUAAGCUUUUUAUACUUUCUGAGUACAAGCAACAAACAUCAGAAAAUAUCGGGGGACUAUUGCCUAUUCGACACUUCCCUGCUCCUUCUCUCCAACUUAAAGUGGUUCCAGGGGCCACUGUGACACUUGUUAGACCUCCUAUGCACACAGUGGCUCUCAAUGGCAACAACAAUGAGAGCCCUUCAGCUGUCAAUUCUACAGGCUCCAAUGUGAUCAAGCAGGAGCCCACAACUACAAUAAUACAGUCCCCUCCUCAGCAGGCGGUCAGUCCCCGGACCCCUGUCUCUCUUUCUGCCAGUUCAGGUGGAGUUCGAACCCUGACUCCACAGAUGUUGGCCCCAAGACUCUCCCAGCCUGCUCCUGGACAGCCUAGUGUGCAUAACAUCCAACUCCCACCAGGGAUGGUGCUGGUGCGCAGUGAGAGUGGACAGCUCCUGAUGAUUCCUCAGCAGGCUCUAGCCCAGAUGCAGGCCCAGGCUCAUGGAGGCAUGGCACCGCGGGCUGCCGCUCCGACAAACAUGCAAACUCCUGGACAAACUCCAGGAAAUGCUGUGAUAAGUCGACCUGUGGCCCCCAGCACUGUCCUCCGACCAGGAGGGCCUGUGUCCACCCCUCUUCCAAAGACCACCACCCUUCACAGACCCCCUGUUCUCCAGAGUGCAGUUGGUUCUGCAGUGCCAGGCCUCAACCCCAGAGCUCCUGGACCCACACUUACCUCAUUAACAUACAGUAAAGAGACGAUGGAAAAUGUCAACAAAUGUAAGAACUUCCUGUCUACAUUAAUUAAACUGGCAUCAACUGGGAAGCAGUCGACUGAGACAGCAGCGUGUGUGAAAGAAUUGGUGAAAGACUUACUGGAGGGCAGACUGGAAGCUGAGGAAUUCACCAGCAGACUGUACAAAGAGCUGAACUCCUCCCCCCAACCGUACCUAGUGCCUUUUCUGAAGAGGAGUCUUCCGGCUUUGAGACAACUCACCCCAGACUCUUCAGCCUUCAUCCAGCAGGGCCAGCUCCCUCAGCCCAGUCCAGCCUCAGCCUCCACUGCUUCCACAGUGAUCCUCAGCAGCCCAGGGCCUCGUGUCACUGCGUCCAUCACCAGACCCCUCCUCCCGCCCGGUGUUCCCAAACCAGGACUGUCUCCCUCCCUGGUUCUCCAGACUCCCCAGCAGAGAGCCAUGGUGAGACCUCAGGUAACCCCGCCCACAGCCUCCAUGGUGACACUCAGGAAUCAUGCACCGAGUCGAAUCAUUCUGGGGCACCCGCAGGUCCAGCUGCAGCCAGCUCUGACUCUGGCUCAAAGAAACAAGCUGAAAGAGGCUGGUGGCACAUUCAAAGAUGACGAUGACAUCAACGACGUGGCCUCUAUGGCUGGAGUCAACCUGACUGAAGAAAGUGCGAACAUCCUGGCCACUAACUCCAGUCUGGUGGGAUCCGUGACACAUUCUUGUGAAGAUGAAGCCUUCCUCUCCUGUGCUUUACUACAGAGGAGGAUGUCAGAGAUCGGUCGGAGACAGGGGGUCACCGAUUUUGGGACAGACGUGGUGAAGCUGGUGUCUCAUGCCACUCAGCAACACCUGCAGACUCUGCUGGAUAAGGUUACACAGGUCGCUCAGCACAAAAACUUUGGUUUCAAGGAGGAUGAAAAGUUUGAGCAGAGCAGUGACGUUCGUGCACAGCUCAAGUUUUUUGAGCAGUUGGACCAGAUGGAAAAGCAACGAAAAGAGGAGCAAGAGAGAGAAAUACUUCUAAAGGCAGCUAAGUCUCGAGCUCGGCAAGAGGACCCAGAGCAACUGCGACUGAAACAGAAAGCAAAGGAGAUGCAGCAGCAGGAGCUUGCACAGAUGCGGCAGAGGGAGGCCAACCUAACAGCUCUUGCAGCCAUCGGUCCCAGGAAGAAAAGAAAGAUCGGGGACUUUUCUUCCUCUUCCUCUGUUUCUGAGGGCUCCGGAGCAGGCUCGGCGUCUGCAGGCUCCUCUGGUUCUGGCUCCAGACCCACACGGCAGCGCAUCACACGUGUCAACCUCAGGGACCUGCUCUUCUGUCUGGAGAACGAGAGACACAGCAGUCACUCCCACUUCCUGUACAAGGGCUUUCUCAAAUAG